UCACAUUUACCCCCCCACCCCCCCGGCUGGAAAUCUCCCGCCCAGUCAGUAACAUCAUCAUGGCUCAGACUGUGCUGUUGUUGGUGCUGCUCCUGUUCGGCUGCAGCUCUUUCCCCAGGCUUCACACUCUGAAAAUCAACCAGAGACCCAUUAUCGGGAUAUUGGCCCAGGAAACAUUUGAUGCAGGUCUUCUUCGGUAUGGGAAGACGUACAUUGCUGCACCCUAUGUCAAGUAUCUGGAGUCGGCUGGCUGCAGAGUGGUACCAGUCAGGUUGAAUCUGACAAAUGACGAAUAUGAAAAGAUUUUCUAUUCAAUCAAUGGUAUUAUAUUCCCUGGUGGAUCAUCUGAUUUGAAGACAUCAGCUUUUGCCAAGGCUGCAAAGAAAUUUUAUGAGCUUGCAUUGAAGGCAUUUGAUGCUGGUGAUUAUUUUCCAAUAUGGGGAACCUGUCUGGGACUUCAGUUACUGUCUGUGCUUACUGCUGGGAAGAACCUGCUCACAAAUACUGACUCGGAAAACAUUGCUCUCGCACUAAAUCUGACUAAUGCUGCUGCCUCUAGUAAAAUGUUUCAGAAAUUUCCUCCAGAUGUGUACCAAGCUUUAUGCAAUGAACCACUCACUGGGAACUUCCAUAGCUUUUCUAUUUCUGUGAAGGCGUUUCUGGAAGAUGAGAAACUGAGUAAAUUCUAUUCAAUCCUGUCCACCAAUAAUGACAGAAAGGGUGUGGAGUUUGUAUCUACUAUGGAAGGCAUCCUAUAUCCUUUCUAUGGGGUCCAGUGGCAUCCAGAAGUCAAUCGCUUUCAGUGGCAGCGGAAUUUAGCUUUCCCACACUCUCCGAAUGCUGUAAAAGUCUCCUAUUUCCUGUCCGAUUUUUUUGUAAAUGAAGCCCGGAAGAACUUCCAUCAUUUCAAAAGCUUAGCGGAAGAGGAGGCAACUCUGAUCUAUAACUACAGUCCCCGCUAUGUGCCUACAUCCAGCUAUAUCCAGGUCUAUUUUUUCUAAAGAAGUGCCAACAGGGAAUUAUUCGGUGCAGUAACUUAGGUGCAGUAAAUUUAAGUAAAUUCUGGCAGAAAACAGUAUUUUCAACCCACAACCACACUGAUCUGCUUGGAGAUAAGGAAGCAGUCUGGCCAUCAGCAAGACCAGAAGCAGAGUGUGAACUUAAGACUGCAUUUCCCUCAUACUGGGGGAAAAGUAAGUUUUAGCAUCUAGCAAACAACUAGUUUGUCAACUUAUGAAGAUUACUUGCAAAAUUUGAAGAUAUUUAACGUUCUUCCUCUGGGUGAGGGAAUCCACCUUAUUGUUUUAUCUCCUACUACAUUACAGCAUUGAAUACACUGAAUUGUAAAGCAAUUUGAGAUGUCCAGUGGUUGUGAAAAGCCCUAUUAAAAAAAGCAAGUCUUUCUUAUACAUCAUACAUUUAUUUUAUACAUACAAUUAUGCAUCAUUUCUACAAUAUCUGACAAAAUUGUUUCAAUAAAUAGUCUUUCCACAA